AAAAAGAAGAAAUAACCACGGCGCGCAACAACUUCCGGGUCACGUGGUUAAAAGCUGAACUGUUUUGCUCUUGGAGUCUUCCUCAGUCUUCCUCGCUCAUCUUCAGUGAGUUUGAACAAGUCUCUGGAUGUGUGACACUGUACGCUCGCUGGCAGCACUCAACAUGGACGCUCUGCACAGACACCGCUCACUGUACAAAGGAACGACUCCGCCGUGGAAGGAGACCUACCGCAAGCGCUGUGUGGACAGGCUGAAGAACAGCCGGUCGAGGCUGUUGGACAGGUACCGACAGAUGGGAGAGGGCCCGCAGCGCAGCGGCUCCGGGGCCUCCAUCAUCGUCCAGGAGGUGAUGGAGGAGGAGUGGACCGCCCUGCAGUCAGAGGACCGCAGGCUGCCCUCACUGUGGGGGCCGGAGGGGGUGGCAGAGAUGUUUAGUGUCAUGAAGGAGUACGAUGAACUGGCAGUACUAGAGGAAAUCCAGCAGGAGCUCAUGUCUCACGAAAUGUCUAUUAUUGAAGAGUACGAGAGGAACCAGCAGUUCGAGCAGCAGUACAUAUCAUCUGUUGUGGAAGGGAUGGAAGAGAUGCAUAUUAUUUGCCCCAUAUGUCACACGAACAACUUGACCAUCAACAGUCAUUUCAUCUCGUGCCCCUGUGGACUGUACAUUAACACUAAGAAUGUCACCCCCAAUGUCCUGCGGCAUCUUCUGGAGUCCAGGGUGUCGGAGCAUAUGGAGGACUGUCUCCACAACCCUGUUUUCUCCGUAGCUCCCAACAUGGACAGCUCUGCCACCCUGAUGAUAAGCUGCAAGGUACGGCACGGUCACUGCCAAGGCUUCUUAGGAAAUUGAUACUAAAACAAAUCUGUCACUGCUGCUGGGAACUUCUAAUGCAUAAGUCGCUGCCGCAGAAGGUUUCUUUCCAGAGGUCUUAGGGUCCUUCUGUUGUGAUGAAGUGCUGGAUUUGUCCUUAUUAUGGUUUGUGUGUACUGACCUGUUGCCCACAUAUGUUCUCUGCUGCUUGACCACACAGUCAUUGGUUGUGCUGUAUUACCAGUUAAGUUUUCUUCUCUCUGC